GGAAAAUUCAACUUUUUUAAAGAAAAUAAAAGUUUAAAAGUUUUUCCAUCUACACUUUAAGUUUUUAAAUGUGCGAAUAUCAUUAUGAUUGAUAAACGAUUACAAGCAUAUCGCACGUAUCAGCGCUUUCUUAAGAUAGUGCUGACUAUUGGUGGUUGUUGGCACAUACCAACAAAAUCCAGCAAGUUUAAAUAUUACUGGUCAUUUUGUAUGCUUUUGGCAAUGGCCAUGUACGCGACGUGUACCUUGAAUUUGGUCUAUAACUAUAAACAUAAUUUUUCAAUUUUCAUAAAAUAUGUAGGCGUAGCUGUAUCUGCAAUUGGCGUCACUAUCAAGAUGACAAUCUUUUUGAUAAAUCGUGACUCUCUGAUAAAUUUUCACCGAACUCUCAAUGAUUUUUUUGAGGAAGAGCUUAUGCAAAACGAGAAAAUACGAACAAUAAUAUUUUCGUCCCUACGUAAAGUGUACAGCAUGGGGUACGCAUAUGUCACCAUUGUGACAGCACUGGUCAUAGUGCAUAUUAUUCCUACGUACUUGUAUAUAAUCCGUGAUCUCUGUCACUUGCGUUUGACUACGAACUACACCUUGCCGCUCAGCAAGGGAUAUGGAUACUCCUGGACUAUUCCCGACAAUUUUUUGUAUCAUCUUCAUCUGCUUAUAGAGACAAUUCUUCUGUUCCUCAGUAUCACGACGACGGGCGGCGUCGACAGCGUCUUUGGCUUUUAUGCCUAUCAAUUCACUUCGAUGAUGCAUGCCAUGACUUUUAGGUUCAUGAAUCCCCUUUCCACUGAGAAGUUUUUGGAUUUGUUAAAAAAAAACAUAAAAAAACAUAAGAAACUGCUGCGAUGCCGCGACACCCUAGAACACAUCUAUGGACCCAUUAUCUUUUAUCAUACUGUCACCAGUGCGAUACUUCUUUGCUCAUUGAUAUACGAGCUGGUACAUAUUUCGACUUUUAAUAUUAACAACGUAUCCCAGUUUCUGACAUACACUAUAGUAAAGCUGCUUCAAAUGUUUAUGUACGCAUGGAGCGGUACUAUGCUUACAACUGCGAGCGAAGAUUUUCGUAAUGGGAUAUACUUUAGCGAAUGGCCUAAUUCUGCUCUCGAUUGUCACGUGAGAACAAAUGUUACUCUGGUGAUGAUGCAAAAACCAAUGACUAUAAAUGCAGUUUUCUCAUCGGUUAAUAUAGUCUUGUUUACUAAUUUCGUGAAUACUACAAUGUCUUACUUCUUCUUGUUGAGAUCUAUUGAGGAUAAAAACGGCUAAAAGUGGACCAUAUGUUUAAAACACUGGUAAGAACGUAACAUUAUGACGUUUUAAUCGACCGUAUAAAUCUGAAUAAGAGUUUAUGGUCAAUGAGUCACAUCAGCUUUAUCAACGCUUUAAAAUAUUAUUUCUAUUCUAGGAAUGUAAAAAAUAUGAAUUUGAUACUCUUGAAUAAGAAAAUUAAAACUGUUUUGCAACAGAAUCUACGUAAUGUAGACUUUAUUGUUAUAGAAUUUAAAUUAAACAAUAAA